AUUAUAAACCUGCUGCAGUACAAACACUUGCUUUCUGUUUUAGCAACACUGCUGUACAAAGACCACAGCAAAGAUGGAGUUUGCCUGCAGUCACGUUGUACGGGACUGGAGACCUGAUAGAGCAGGUCCAGCUCCUCCGCCGCUGCCUCCUCGACGCCUCAGAAAACCUCGCCCUACUUCUCUGCCGCUCCCCCCUCUUCCCCCACUUCAGCCUCCCCUCGGCUCUCCCUCCCUCCCUCCUCCCGUCCCGCCCAGAUUUGAUAAGCAGGAAAGAGAAAUGAGGCUGAAAGUCAAUGUGAACGUCGUCUCCCUCAGUAUCGGAAAACUGGUCGACAUCAGCCAAGCCUCAGAUAUGGAGAGUUUUCAGAGCCCAGUGAUUUGUGGGAAAUGUAGUGCUGCCUUGUCAUGUCUGAGCUCGAUGCAGACAAACGUGUGGGUGUGUGAGUUCUGUGGAUGUGAAAACAACGUGAACGACAGCGUGAACAGAGUGUGUGUCGGUCAGCGCGCAGGUGUGCACAGCGAUGACCUUUACCUGCCGAAUCACAGCGACGACGACUACCAGAACUUGGAGGACACGCUGGUGGUGUUCUGCGUGGACAUUUCCAGCAGCAUGAGUGUCACUACAGAGGUUACAUCAAGCAGUGGAUCUCAGGCAUACAUGUCCAGGCUGGAGGGUAUCCAGGAUGCCCUCCAGAGGGCGCUGUCAUCCUUGCUGCAGCAGGCCCCCCUCAGGAGAGUGGCGCUGGUUACAUUCAACAAUGAGGUUGUAAUAUAUGGUGAUGGUACUAGUACACCUCUCACUCUCAGGGAUUGGGCGUUGGUUGACUAUGACCAUAUAUGGCAACAGGCUGUGUCUUACAGCGUCCCACACUGCAUUGCUGAGACCUACAACCAACUAAUAGAGAGGGUCAAGGACCUCAGGGAGCAUGGGGCUACCAGUCUUGGUCCUGCAGCAUUAGCCUCGGUUGCCAUGGCGUCAAGGUACCCCGGUUCAAAGGUGAUUCUGUGCACUGACGGCAGAGCCAACAUCGGACUGGGUACAAUGGAGCAAACCCCCUCUUUGUCCUCCUCCCUUACUUCAUAUUUCUACAGACAACUGGCUCAGCAGGCUGUGGGCAGUGGAGUCAUAAUAUCAGUGAUGACUUUUGAGGGGACAGAUUGUUGCCUGGCUGACGUUGGGAGACUCGCAGACACUACUGGAGGAAGGGUGAACAUGGUGAGCAUCGGUACAGUUGCAACAGAGAUCCAGAUAGCCUCCAUGGACAAUGUCCUUGCAACAGGAGUCAGGGCAACCCUGCUUGCUCCUCAUGGAGUGUAUUUUCCAUAUGAGGAUGAAAACAAUCACAAACUGGUGAGAGAGAUCGGGAAUGUGACCAAGGGGCUGGAGAUCACCGUCGAGUUUGCAGUAAAACCAGAGUUUAUGGAUGUCUUUAUCCAGAAAGACACACUUCCAUUCCAACUCCAGCUGAACUUCAAGGCCAGAGACCAACAAAAAGUCACUCGCAUCAUUACUGAACAGCGACCAGUUACUUCCUGCAGUCGGAUUUGGGUUGGUAGUCUCAACAUGGCGGUGCUUGGAGUUCACUGUGCUCAGCUCUGUGCCAGUUUGACCAUGGAGGGUCGAGUGCAGGAAGCACAGAGUCAACUAAAAGCACAGCAAGACCUGCUCAAACAAGUCAGUAAGCAAAGGUCAAUCCAUAAGGAGGAGAGUAUCUAUGGCAACUGGAUGGACACCAUGACCGUAAUCUGUGACGACAUCACCACAGAAUCUCAGACUCUCUCUGAUGAAGCCGCUAAGGUGAUGUACCAGAUGAAGAGGGCCAGCAGUGUCAGCAGCAACAACAGCAACACAACUGAGAUCCCCAAGAAGACUGCGAGGAAGAAGAAAAAGAACGCCCUCGUGGAGGGAAUGUAAAGAAAAUCAGUCACCCACAAACAUGGAGACUUGAUUACAUGUUUGGCCAUAUUGGCUCACAGUGUUUUUUUAGCAGGCGUGGGACUAGAAGGAGCUUUGUUGCACAGCUGACUGUAAAGGAAUAACAUUGAAAUUUAACAACUGCACUUAAAUUGACAUCGUUCAAACUCAAACCAGCAGAAGAAACGUCAUUAAAUGGGUGUGUAUAACACCUGAAUUUCCCCGGCGGGGCAUUAAUGAAGUUAAUUCUUAUCUUAAAUGACUGACGAAUGCAUUCUCAAACUUUUAUUCCAUUUAUUCACAACAGUGCAAAGGUGAAGAGAUAUAACUAAUAGUUAACAUUUGAUUGUAAACCUUGUAGGUUUGGCAGAAAACGAGCUCAAAGAUUUUUUAUCUUUCAUUUCACAUCAUAGCACGGCAUCAUAGCGUGUCGGUUUGCUCAGUUUACAUCAGGGAAAAUACGUUGUUUUCACAAAUCGAAGCCGAACUAAAGCCUCAACAUCAACGUGUCAUUUAGCUAUCGUACUAAAUCAAAUUAAAUUUCCCUCCUGUCAAUCAUGAUGAAUUUACCCUGACUAAUAUGUGUCGCAUUUAUUAUGGUUCCAGUAUAUAUUUCAUUUUCUUUGUCUUUUAAAAUUCCUCUAAUAUGGUAAUAACGUCAUGUAUGAGCGUCAUGUUUGAACCGAUCAUUUCUACACUGAAUCAUUUAUGAGCGCUUUGGAAUAUAAAAUUCACUAGAAAUGAAUACUUAAUACCUCAUGUACUGCACGUCACACUGAAUGAUGAUUUGAUUAGGUUCCAUUAAGGCAAAUGAAAUGGCCCCUGACCAGGAAGUCCUGUGUGAGGUCUGGACGUUGUAGCAGUACCAGUAAAUGCUCAGACAGUGAAGUCUUGGCUCACUGCCUCAUUCAAGAGUGAUAUAAAGAUUCACACAGCAGAUUGUUGCAGUGCUUGAGCCUUUUAUUUUUGCAUAAAGAGAAACAGUUCACUCAGAAUAAAGUUGUUUUGAAGCAUCAUCUUAAUACAGACACAAAGCCAAACAGACAUCCACGGUCCUAUUCCUGCACACCUGUCGCUUUGUUCCUUAAGUAGCAUUACAGCGAUAGAUUAAAAAAAGAAAUUAAAUGAGAUGCAGAGCCCUCAGGUUACGCAUGAGACAGGUAACGCAAAGACAGAGUCUGAAUCACCAACACGCAUCCACCUGUGUGUGACUUUGACAGGUACUUCACACCCCGACAGGCUAUCUGGCACAGACAAAUGGAAGUUUAUUGGAGCAUCGUGUGUCAUCCCAGCACCUGUAAGCUUUAAGAACCGAAAACACAACAGUCAGAC